ACACACACAUACACACGAUGUCGGCUCUACUGAGGGCCAGUUUGUUGGUGUUACUCUGUGCCGUUGCCGUCGGAAUCUACUGGAACUACGAUGGCUUCGAUCCAGAAUCUGUCCGCGGUGCAACAGUUGUCAUCACGGGCUGCAGUACCGGCAUCGGCGAAGAGAUGGCGUACCAGUACGCCCGGCUGGGAGCAAAGAUUCUCAUCACAGCCAGGAGGGAGAACAGGCUAAAAGAAGUUGUAGCGAAAGCUGUGUCUCUGGGAGCCCAGGAGGCGCACUACGUGGCCGGGGACAUGGGGAAGGCGGAGGACUGUGAGAGAACCAUUCAAACAGCUAAGGAGAAAUUUGGGAGGCUGGACUACUUGGUUCUGAACCACGUUGGGUCCAAUUAUAAAUCUCUAGAAGACAAAUUUCACGAGGGCAAGUCUUGGGACCAGGACCCGGAUAUGGACUUCUUUGAAGACUAUUUGAACAUCAACCUGGUCAGUUACGUCCGGCUGGCCUCCCUGGCCCUGCCUCUGCUGAAGGAGAGUAAAGGACAUAUCGUGGUGGUGAACUCUGGUUUCGUUCGGUCUGGACGGGUUCUUCAGCUCGCUCCGUGUGGAACUGAUGAAGGCGGGGCAGGACGUGUCCGUCACUCUCGCCGUGCUGGGGUACAUAGGGACUCCGAAAGUCGUUCAAAACUUACAGGUAAGAUGAAAAGUACCCCAGAGCUGCUGGACAUAGUGACGCCGGUAGACCAGACCGCCAUGUCCAUUGUGCGAGGAGGCGCCACACGAGCCCGGGAGGUCUACUAUCCCUUCAUCAUGUGGCCCUUCACCAAAUUCGGGGCCCUGAUGCCAAAGCUGACGGACUACCUUACGUCUAAGAUUGAUUUGGUACCGGAAAGUUAA